AUGUUGAAGAACACUGUGCUCAGCGCCCUUGUGUUUGCCUCCCUGGCGUGGAUCAAGACCGGCUCCGCCCUCUCGACAAAGUCCACCGCCGAGAUCCAGGGACGCAGCUUCAACGGGCUGUCCAGCUGCAGCGCUUGCUACUUUACCUCCAUGUCCUACCAAGACUUCUCUCGCGCAGACGCCAUGGCCUGCUUCAAGGAAUUCGCUGACCACAUUGUAGUCGAGUACUCCAAGAAGUGCAACCCAACAUGCUCGGUACCGGGUACUCGCACACUUGCGCCAGAGACGGUCAAGAUGGUGCGUCUCUCAAACGGCAUGAACGCCUAUGCCGAGGCGGGUAGUUUCACCAAUCUGCCCUUGAAUGCCGAUCAGCAGCACAAUGGCUUUUCCGAAAAGUGGGGAUGCACCAACGGCAUGCUUGGUGAAGUCUCUUGCGCCGGCUGCAAGCUCAACUAA